AUGUGUGUCUUUUCAGUCAUGUCGUCCUCCAGUAGUGCACUAAAUGAGGAGCUUCAGUGUUCAAUCUGUCUGGAUGUGUUCACUGAUCCAGUCAGCACUCCAUGCGGACACAACUUCUGCAAGACCUGCCUGAAUGAAUGCUGGAAAAACACUCAGAACUGCAGCUGUCCAUUGUGUAAAGAAACAUUCAGCAAAAGACCUGAUCUGAAGAUUAAUACAACACUCAGAGAGGUCGUGCAACACUUUAAGAAGAAGUGUAAUCUGAGUAAAUCUGAAGUUCUCUGUGACUUAUGUGAUGAAAGAAAGCAGAAAGCCGUGAAGUCUUGUCUGAUGUGUCAAAGCUCUUACUGUGAAACUCACCUGGAGCCUCAUCGGAGAGUCCCACGACUUAAGAAACACAAACUGAUGGACGCUGUGGAGAAUCUGGAGGAUUAUAUAUGCCAGAAACACGAGAGACCUCUGGAGCUGUUCUGCAGAGAUGAUCAGACACGAGUGUGUGAUUUCUGCACUGAAGGAGACCACAAGACUCACAACACUGUUCCUAUAGAGGACGAGAAUGCAGAGAAGAAGAAACGGCUGGUAAAGACACAGACAGACGUGCAGCAGAUGAUCCAGGACAGAAUGAAGAAGAUUCAAGACAUCCAACGAUCUGUAGAGAUGAGAAAGAGAAACACAGAAGAAGAGAAAUCACACAGUGUUGAGGAGUUCACUGAUCUGAUCCGCUCCAUUGAGAGAUGUCAGACUGAAGUUGUUGAGAUGUUGGAGGAGAAGCAGAAAGCAGCAGAGAAACAGGCUGAAGAUCUCAUUAAAGAGCUGGAGCUGGAGAUCACUGAGCUAAAGAGGAGAAACUCUGAGCUGGAGCAGAUCUCACACACUGAAGAUCAUCUUCAUCUCCUACAGAUUGACCCGUCCCUGUACAGCCCUAAAAACAGUAAGAACUGGACUGAGAUCAGUAUUGACACUCAUGUGGACACUCUGAAUACAGCUCUGACUCGACUCAAAGACACUCUAGAUCAAAGACUUGGUCAAGCUGGAUUGAGGAGGAUGCAGCAGUAUGCAGUGGAUGUGACUCUGGAUCCUGAUACAGCUCAUCCUAAACUCAUCCUGUCUGAUGAUGGAAAACAAGUGUCACUUGGAGGCAAUAGAAAAAAAUGCCCAGAUACACCAAAGAGAUUUUCUUACUGGUAUAAUGUGCUGGGAAAGAAGGGAUUCAGUUCAGGCAGAUUUUAUGUUGAGGUGCAGGUGAAGGGAAAGACUGAGUGGUAUUUAGGAGUAGCCAGAGAAUCCAGUAACAGGAAGGGAUCGAUCUCACUGACACCAGUGAAUGGAUUCUGGACUUUGAGUUUGAAGAAUGAGAAUGAAUAUAAAGCCUGUGAUGGUCCUUCUGUCUCUCUGUGUGUGAGAGUGAAGCCACAGAAGGUUGGUGUGUUUGUGGAUUAUGAGGAGGGUCUGGUCUCCUUUUAUGAUGUGGAGUCCAGCUCUCAUAUCUACUCUUUCACUGGUCAGUCUUUCACUGAAACACUCUUUCCAUUUUUUAACCCGAGUUAUAAUUAUAAUGGUAAAAACUCAACUCCACUGAUCAUCACAGCUGUCAGUUACAAUUAAUGAAUUUACACCCCAUUAAUAUAAAUAAACAACAUGAACAUUAGAUUUGUACAUUUCUUAAAAGAAAAUAUGAGGCGUUGUAUCCACAGUUUUCCUGAGCAACCACUGGACGAUGCCAUGAUGAUUCUAAUUCCCUGUAAGUAAAAACUGCCAAAACAAGAGAUCCAGAGGAGAAUAACAACUACAGUGCAUCCGCAAAGUAUUCACAGCGCUUCACUUUUUCCACAUUUUUUUAUGUUACAGCCUUAUUCCAAAAUUGAUUAAAUUCAUUAUUUUUCUCAAAAUUCUACAAACAAUACCCCAUAAAGACAAUGUGAAAGAAGUUAGUUUGAAAUCUUUGCAAAUUUAUAAAAAAAUGAAAUCACAUGUACAUAAGUAUUCACACCCUUUGCUCAAUACUUUGUUGAAGCACCUUUGGCACCAAUUACAGCCUCAAGUCUUUUUGUGUAUGAUUCUACAAUGGCACACCUAUUUUUGGGCAGUUUCUCCCAUUCUUCUUUGCAGGACCUCUCAAGCUCCAUCAGGUUGGAUGGGGAGCGUCGGUGCACAACCAUUUUCAGAUCUCUCCAGAGAUGUUCAAUUGGGUUCAAGUCUGGGCUCUGGCUGGGCCACUCAAGGACAUUCACAGAGUUGUCCCGUAGCCACUCCUUUGUUAUCUUGGCUGUGUGUUUAGGGUCGUUGUCCUAUUGGAAGAUGAACCUUCGCCCCAGUCUGAGGUCCAGAGCACUCUGGAGCAGGUUUUCAUCAAGGAUGUCUCUGGACAUUGCUGCAUUCAUCUUUCCCUCGAUCCUGACUAGUCUCCCAGUUCCUGCCACUGAAAAACAUCCCCACAGCAUGAUGCUGCCACCACCAUGCUUCACUGUAGGGAUGGGAUUGGCCAGGUGAUGAGCGGUGCCUGUUUCCUCCAGACAUGACGCUUGCCAUUCAGGUCAAAGAGUUCAAUAUUUUAUUCCUCAUGGUCUGAGAGUCCUUCAGGUGCCUUUUGGCAAACUCCAGGAAGGCUGUCAUGUGCCUUUUACUGAGGAGUGGCUUCUGUCUGGCCACUCUACCAUACAGGCCUGAUUGGUGGAGUGCUGCAGAGAUGGUUGUUCUGAAGGUUCUCCUCUCUCCACAGAGAAAUGCUGGAGCUCUGUCAGAGUGACCAUCGGGUUCUUGGUCACCUCCCUGACUAAGGCCCUUCUCCCCUAAUCGCUCAGUUUGGCCAGGCGGCUCUAGGAAGAGUCCUGGUGGGUCCAAACUUCCAUUAACGGAUGAUGGAGGCCACUGUGCUCAUUGGGACCUUCAAUGCUGCAGAAAUGUUUCUGUACCCUUCCCCAGAUCUGUGCCUCGAUAUAAUCCUGUCUCGGAGGUCUACAGACAAUUCCUUGGACUUCAUGGCUUGGUUUGUGCUCUGACAUGCACUGAUAACUGUGAGACCUUAUAUAGACAUAGUUAGUUAAAGGCCCUAUGCUCGAUUACGAGCAAAGGCGACUUGAUGGAUGAACAACCUGUAGGAAGAUCGAUCAUGUGCCAGUUGGAUAAGUUGGGCCAAGGUCUUCUCCGUUGUUGUCUUGAUAGUGUCGAGCCAUCGGGUUGCUGGUCUUCCUCUUCUUCUUGUUCUCGUCCCAUUAUAACGUCCUUCUGCAGUGAGUGAUCUGUUCGUACGAUGUGUCCAAAGUAGGCAAGUUGUAGUUUGGUGAUCCUUAUAUAGACAGGUGUGUGCUUUUCCAAAUCAUGUCAGUAGUAAAUAUAAUAUACAUUGUGACAAAAAUGAUUGAUGGGUUAUGAUUGAUGACAUAAUUGUUGUACAUUUGACCUUUCCUUCCUAUUCCCCUCCCCUCCCUCCCCUCCCUCCAUCCGGCAGGUGUACAGGAUGUGGUAUGACGUGUUUGGUCAGCUGUUCUGAUAUCCCUGCACUGUAGCCGAGACAAUCUGUGUAUUUAAGAGUAGAAUAAUUAUUAAUCUUUAGUGAUGUACAAUGUUUUAUGGAAAACUGAGAUGAUAAAAUAAUGUAUGGUAUAACACUAAAAAUAGUGAUUGAUGAAAUAUUUCAUUGAUGUAAUUAUUGAGAUGUUUUUCAAAAACAUGAUAAAGUAAUGUGUGGGGAAUCAUUUUGUUUUUUAUUAUUAUUGUAAGACAUAAAAAGUAGCAUUACAUUUAAAAUGUGUUUAAAUGAUGUGUCUUUAAUAGGGGUGCAAUGCUUGGUGACAAAACGUGGUAUAAGGCUUUUUUUUAUUAUUUUUAACAAAGUGUUUAAAACAGUUUCUAAAACAGUUGAUGUUGGU